AUGACCUUAGAUGCAGUGGCUUUUCCAUACAAAACAUUAACUCACGGUUCCAAAGAUUACUUGUAUUCAUUAGUUGAAACUGUUGCAAGUGAAGAAUCUUGGAGCAACAACAACUACACUUUCCAAACAACAGCAACAGAAGAAGAAGAAGACGACCUUUAUGGAAUUAUCAACAAGAAUUUUUAUUCUCCUUCUCCUUCAGUGGGGCAUACUGGUAGGGAUUCAAAGUCUUCCACUGAAGCUUCCAAUCUUCCUUCGAACUUCGUGCUCGAAGGUGCCGCCGCGCCAAUCAGUCGUAGGCGCAAACGACGUCGCACUGCUAUUGCGAAAAACGAGGAUGAAAUCGAGAGCCAGCGGAUGACUCAUAUUGCAGUUGAGCGUAAUCGAAGAAAACAAAUGAACGAGUACCUUGCUGUGCUCAGAUCUAUGAUGCCGCGUUCUUAUGCUAAAAGGGGUGAUCAAGCAUCAAUAGUUGGAGGCGCAAUCAACUUCUUAAAGGAGCUAGAGCACAUUAUCCAAUCCAUGAAAGGACAAAAGAAAAUAAAAGAGCAACGAGCACAUGAAAAUGGAUUCAACGUUGAAGUGACAUUGGUUGAUUGCCAUGCCAAUAUAAAGAUAAUGUUGAAGAAACAAAAUGGACAUGUGAUGAAGAUGGUUAUUGGGAUUCAAAACCUUGGCCUCAAUAUUCUUCACCUAAAUGUUUCUACUCUCGAUCAUUUGGUUCUUGUCUCGGUUAGCGUUAAGGUAGAGGAAGGGUGUGAACUGAAGACGGUGGAUGAAAUUGCAGCUGCUAUGAAUCAACUAUCACUGAAAAUCCAGGCAGAAGCUGUAUUAUAA